AGACUAGGUGGUGUGUGAUGUUUGGACAGUUUCAGGGCAAAGUGUCCUUUGAUAGAUGGUAUGUCAGUCAGGUAAGUUGUCAUGUCUUUGAUAACAUGAGGCUAAGCUCUAGCAUCUGACGGUGUCUCGCUCUCGCUCCUGGAUAAACCACUGGUUUGAUUAUCCUGUAGCCUGUUUCAGUGACUUCACGCUAAACAACUUCUGAGGCCUUUCUUGUAGAGCAUGGUAGAAGCGGUGAGUGUGUGAAGGAUUGUACGCAUGAGGUGGAUUCGCCAUGUCCUCUGGAGUGACUUGCAGCUGUUUGCCAUCAGGUGGAGCUAGAGUACAUAUCUUACCUGGUUAAACACCUGAGGCAGCAGCUACAACCUGUUUGUGGGUGUGUGUUAGGAAAGAAUGAGCGUCAUUGUCCAGCUAGGAGGGGUUACAGGAAGGAGGGGCUAAGGGUGGAAGCAGAAAGGCUGGAAUGGAAACUGCCAAUAGGUGUGUUCCUGUAGAUAGAGAGGUGGAGAGAGAGAGCCAGGGAGAGACAACCCCCUCGCGAGAGACCAAUUCCUGGUUAUCUGGCUGGGUGGAGCCAGUAUGUAGAGCUAGGAGCGAUUGACUGAGUACGCUGGCUGACUUUGGAGUUUCCCUGAGUGUUUGUGUGUGUGUGUGAGAGUUAUGUCUGCCAACCAUGAGAACACACACCGGCGCUGACCGUGGAGCCCUACGGAGCGUGCACCGAGGAGGACAUGAGGUCCGACAAGGAGGAGGGGGACCCCGUGCUGCUGCGGGAGGAGGUGUGUCAGCUGCAGGAGGAGGUGCAUCUGCUGCGUCAGAUGAAGGACAUGCUGACUAAGGACCUGGAGGAGAGCAGCCAGGGCUCGUGCUCGGCCGCGCUGCUGUCCGCCACGCAGCUCCGGGUGCAGCUGGGCGACCGGGAGCAGGAGCUGGGCCGCGCCAAGGAGGCCUUGCAAGCCAUGAAGGAGGACCGUAAGCGUCUGAAGGUGGAGAAGGCCGACCUGGUGAACCAGAUGCAGCAGCUUUACACCACCUUGGAGAGCAGGGAGGAGCAGCUACGAGACUUCAUACGCAACUAUGACCAGCAUCGGAAGGAGAGCGAGGAUGCAGUGAAAGCCCUGGCCAAAGAGAAGGACCUGCUGGAGAGGGAGAAGUGGGACCUGAGGAGGCAGAGCAAGGAGGCCAUGGAGCAGGCCAACCUGCUGCGCUCACACAUGGACACCAAGGAGAACCGCAUCAAGGAGCUGGAAGCCGAGCUCACCAUGGCCAAGCAGUCUCUGGCCACGCUCACCAAGGACGUGCCCAAGCGCCACUCCGUGGCCAUGCCCAACGCGGCCGAGCCUGUGGUGAACGGCAGCCAGGAGUGGGUGAUGCAGGCAGACCUGCCCCUCACGGCUGCCAUACGCCAGAGCCAGCAGACCCUCUACCACGGACACACAUCCGACAGGCAGGCUGUGGUUAGGGUGAGUCCCUGUCACUCCCGCCAGCCCUCCGUCAUCUCGGACGCCUCGGCGGCGGACGGCGACCGUUCGUCCACCCCCAGCGACAUCAACUCCCCCCGCCACCGGACCCACUCCCUCUGCAAUUCCAUGGAGGAGUUGGACGACCAGAAGCGUAAGAAGAAGAAAGAGAAGUUGACUCUGGGCUCGCUCUCGCGGGUUUUUGGUCGAGGGAAGCAGCGCAAGUCCAUGGACCCAGGCCUGUUUGAUGACUCGGACAGCCUCUCCAGCCUCACACAGCAGAGCCUAUCAGAUGGAGAGGAGCAGCUGGACCGCCUCCACCAGGCGGAGCUCACUCGGAGCACACCCAUAUCCCAGUGGAGGGCAGGGGCAGUGCAAGCCUGGCUGGAGGUUGUCAUGGCAAUGCCCAUGUACGUCCGCGCUUGCUCCGAGAACAUCAAAAGUGGCAAGGUGCUGCUGGGUCUGACAGACGAGGACCUGGAGCUGGGGCUGGGCGUCAGUAACCCCUUACACCGCAGGAAGCUACGCCUCGCCAUCGAGGACUACAGGGAGGCGGAGGGAAACCGAGGGCUCUCCAAGGCCGCAGAGAUGGACCACCAUUGGGUGUCCAAGUCUUGGCUGAGCGACGUGGGCUUGUCCCAGUACUCCCAGUCCUUCCACAGCCAGCUGGUGGACGGCCGGCUGCUCAGCACGCUCAGCAGGAGGGACCUGGAGAAACUUCUCAACAUCACCAACCAGUUCCACCAGACGUCCCUCCUCAUGGCCAUCCAGCUCCUGCAGAUGCUCAGCUUUGACAAAGACGCUUUGCAGGCCCGCCGGACCAGGUGUGAGAGGCAGGACAUCGACCCCAUAGUCUGGUCCUGCCAUAGAGUCAUGAAGUGGAUCAGAGACAUAGAUCUGAAGGAGUAUGCAGACAGUCUCCUGAGUAGAGGAGUCCACGGAGCCGUGAUGGCCUUAGACCCGUCGUUCAACCCUGAGGUCAUGGCCAGGUUCCUGGGGAUCCCCGUCCACAAACACAUGCUGCAUCUUCACCUGUCUGAGGAGAUGAAGGUCCUCGCCAUCCCUCUCAGGAGCAGCAAAGAGGAGGAUGACGAGACAUUAGAGCCCCUCCCACAAUCCCCUGCCCUUCCUGGUCGCUACACGGAGGAAAGACUGUCAGGAAGAAGAACGUCCGGCAAGGUGCGUGGUUCUCUUGAUUCUAAUCCAACAGACUGUACUUUUAUGUGUUGCAUGUUUCCCUACAUUUGUGGAAUUCAGACAGGUCCCAUUGAUUUACAUCUUUCUCACGAUGGGCUCCUUUUCUUUGGACACAUUUUCCCAGAGUCCUCUGCGGUUGAGUGGAAGGAGCAAGUCAGCUGAACGGAACAUGGUGUUCCAUAGCAGCUGUGGAACUCUGCCCAGAGAGGCCCAUGUGCAGGCUGUGCCAAGAGUUAAGGGUAGCCCUGUGCUUACCUACAAGACUGUGGAGAUCACCAACGUGUGAACAUACAUAGUGUUUGAACUUGGACUGGUUACCAACCACAGAUAAACGCUAUGGAAACAAAGACUUGUUCCCUGUCAUCAACUGAAGGCAUAAUACACAUACUCAUCUGUUCAUUUACCCUGUUGUUUGCAUCUAAAGAGGUCUGAAGUUGUUUUACUUAUGAUGGAUGCAUGGACUUGAUGCCUUAGCAAUGUAAGAUGGGGAGAAUUGUAUAACCAAGUGAACACCAUAAUGUAUAUUGUAUAAUGUACAUCAAGUUAGUACACCAGCCCUGCAGUAUGUCUAUGGUCAAUGCAGGGUAUUGUGUAAACUUAACUGAAGAGUGCUUUUUAAGUCUUGCUCAAAUAUGAGAAAUGCUAAAAGCUUAAAGUCAAUCCAAAAUAACCAUAGCUCAUGUUGUUACAUCUAAAAGGUCUAACUACUGUCUGAAUCUAUGUUUUCCCAAUCAGAAACAUAUCAAUUCAUUAUUUAAUUAAAAAACAAUUUUUCAAUUAAUUGCAAGCUUUAGCUGAACAUUGUACUCUUCCUCUAAUCAGUCAAAGUUUACCAAGUUUGAAACAAGCAUUGUGAUGUGUUUUCCGUAUAUAUUUGUAAUGUAUUAUUUGCAUGAAUAUCAAAGACAAAACUCAAAAAUAAGCUUCCAGUUCCACACUUAAGAAUGGCAGGGCCAGACACUCAUGUUGAAUUAACGUUAUAAUAAAUGGUUGUGCUAAGUGCACCCACAACUUUAGGGACACACAUGUUUGUAGUUCAUUCGAGGGGAGCAGGAGGAAUUCUACUUAUGGGAGACAGCAAUAGGCGUUUCAGUACAACAGGAACUUGGUCCCAAUCAACACACUUCCACACACCUUAUUGUCACGUUGAGGGGUAGGAACAUUAGACCAGUCCAAACGUCUAAUUGAUUGUGAUAUGUGGACAAAGAAACACUUGCUAUAGAACUUGCCAUUAUGUACUGUGAAUGAACUUAUGGCAAACCCAAUAGGCCCAUGAGUUGAGAGUCUAAUUUGCCUAACACGUCUAUGGCAUACAAACUGAAUGAUUGUGUAAAUGUAUAUUAUAUAUUACAGUUUUACUUUUCAUUUGUUACUGUUUAAUUUAAAUCAAUGUAUACAUAAUUAAAACUAAUGCGAAAUGUG